AUGCCCCCAGCGGCGGCCGCACCUUAUCCCCCGGCCCAGCCCCUCGACGCCCUGCACGCCGACGACACUGUCGACAGCCCCGCCGACGCCGACGCCGACGCCGACGCCGACGCCGACGCCGCCCCCGCCCGACGACUCGGCGGCGACCAGCUCUUCGCGUCGACCGACGGCACAGCCGCAGAGGCCCUGGGACGGCUGCUGCUCCAGCCGGACCUGGUGCCCGACGAGUGCGAGUCGCUGUACUACGAUGCGUCUACGAUGGCGGGCCUGAACGCGUUUUCACAGGCCGCCCUGGACCGCCUCCGGGCGUACGAGCCGCCGCCGUUGCCGCUGUGGGAUGCCCUGCCGGCCAGCAGGCGCGCCGCCGUGCUGGUGCUGCUGUACGCGGACCGCUGGGGCGACUUGCGCGUCGUCAUCACCAUGCGGGCCGCGUCGCUGAGGAGCUUCUCCGGCCACGCGGCCCUGCCGGGAGGAAAGGCCGACGGCCCGGACGAGACGCCUUACCAGAUUGCCCGCCGCGAGGCGUUCGAGGAGAUCGGCCUCCCGAUGGACGACGCCCGGCUGCCCCGGCCGUUCCGCCUGGAGCCGCUGUGCUGCCUGCCGCCGUCGCUGGCGCGCACGCACCUCGUCGUCAGGCCGUGCGUGGCGUUCCUGCACGCCGACCGGACCGACGCCGACCGGACCGACGCCGACCGGACCGACGGCGACGGCGACGGCGACGGCGGCGGCGGGUCGCCCGGCCCGCUGGUCGACGAGUCGCUCAUGCCCAGGCUGGACGCCCGCGAGGUGGCCGCCGUCUUCACCGCCCCGCUGUACAACUUCCUCAAGGCGGGCGACCUGCCCCCGCGGCCGGGGCAGAAGGACCUGCCCCCGGGGCCGUGGUACGAGGGCGCCUGGACGUCGUGGAGGGACCUGCCCUGGCGCGUGCACAACUUUUACGUGCCCGUCAACAACCAGACGGUGGCCAGGCCGCGCCGCGCCAGCGCCCAGGGGAACAUGGGGGAGGCGCUCGAGGCCCAGCGCGAGCGCCAGGGCCGCUUCAAGGUCUGGGGCAUGACGGGCCGGCUGCUGGUGGACGCGGCGCGCAUCGCCUACGCAGAGGACCCCGAGAUGGAGCACAACGAGAGCUACGGCGACGGCGACAUUAUCCAGCGGGCGCAAGACGAGGGCAUGUUUGACGACGCGAGGGAGGCCAGGAGACUGGCGAGCAACGAACCGGCCAAGAUGUGA